AUGAGGUUCGGCCAACAGCUCCGGACGUCCCUGCUCAAAGACUGGUAUUACUACUACAUCGACUAUGACGGCCUGAAGGAGAGCCUCAAGAAGCCUUACAAGACCGAGCCGACGCCCGAGAGCCCAGAGCCAGAGCGCGAAGAAUGGACCGAGGAGGACGAGCAACGCUUUGUGAAGGAGCUGGAGCAGGAACUGGAUAAGGUGUUCACGUUCCAGAAGGUCAAGAGCCAGGAGAUAGUGCGGCGGAUCAAGGCGUCGGAGAAGGAGGUCAAUGAGGUGAUAGCUAGGGCGGAUCAGCAGGCCGCCGAUGAACCGCGCAGUGGGCAGGCAGAUGUGCCGACGGAGGAGGACUUCAUGCUGCUAGAGGAGGACCUGAGCGAUAUCAUCGCGGAUGUGCAUGAUUUGGCCAAGUUCACGCAGCUGAACUAUACUGGGUUCCAGAAAAUUAUCAAGAAGCACGACAAGCAGACGGAUUGGCAUCUUAAGCCUGUGUUUGCUGCGCGGUUACGGGCGAAGCCGUUCUUCAAGGACAACUAUGACGCCUUCAUCGUCAAGCUGUCGAGGCUCUACGACUUGGUACGGACGCGGGGAAACCCCACGAAAGGAGAUGCAGCUGCGGGCGGGGGGCAGCAGAACUUCGUCCGACAGACUACAAAAUACUGGGUGCACCCGGACAAUAUCACGGAGCUCAAGCUCAUCAUCCUCAAGCAUCUCCCCGUUCUCGUUUUCAAUGCUAGCAAAGAAUUCGACCCUAAGGAUUCCGCAAUCUCUUCCAUCUACUACGACAAUACCGACACCUGGGAGCUCUACACAGGCCGGCUCAAGAAGACCGAAGGCGCCGAAGCCAUCCGGCUGCGCUGGUACGGCGACAUGUCGACCGACACCAUCUUCGUCGAGCGCAAAACGCACCGCGAAGACUGGACAGGCGAGAAAUCCGUGAAAGCGCGCUUCUCCCUGAAAGAGAAAAACGUAAAUGACUUCAUGCACGGGCGUCUAACCGUCGACAAAGUCUUCGAGAAGAUGCGCAAAGAGGGCAAGAAAUCCGAGAAAGAGAUCUCGGAUCUCGAGCAACUGGCACGGGAGAUCCAAUACCGGGUCAUCACGCGAAAACUGGUUCCCGUAACCCGCUCGUUCUACAACCGCACGGCCUUCCAGCUUCCCGGCGACGCCCGCGUCCGCAUCUCCCUCGACACGGAACUCACCAUGACGCGCGAGGACAACCUCGACGGACGCCAGCGCGCGGGCGACAACUGGCGCAGGAUGGACAUUGGAAUCGACUAUCCCUUCCCGCAGCUGCCGCCCGAGGACGUCGAGCGCUUCCCGUACGCGGUGCUGGAGGUGAAGCUGCAGACGCAGGCGGGGCAAGAGCCGCCAGCCUGGAUCCGGGAGCUCACAGCCAGCCACCUGGUCGAAGCAGUCCCGAAGUUCAGUAAGUUCAUUCAUGGGACUGCGACGCUGCACCCCGGGCGGAUAAAGCUGCUGCCCUUCUGGAUGCCGCAGAUGGAUGUCGACAUCCGGAAGCCGAUCUCGCACCGCUUCGGCAUCGAGCGUCCGGGGCAGUCGCAGGAUGUCUCGACGAGCGCGAACUACGACGACGACUCGGACGAGGAGGGCGACCUCGCCGAACCGAAUGGGGAUGCCGCGCCGAGACACGAGGAGGAGGACAACGACAACGAGAAUCUGCGCCGGCUGCGCGAGGCGAGAGACGCGAUGGAGCAGCAUGAUCUCGACCAGCGCGCCGACUACGGCGCCAUGGAUGGUCAAGCGGAUGGCCAGGCCAACGGUGGCCCGAAUCAGCUGGACGUCGAGGAGCGCAUCGCGGCGCGGCCGCUGCAGGAUCCGGAGGAGGACUAUCCGCUGUACGACUCCGAGGAUGAGGAAGACGAUCUCGAGGAGGCGCGGAGAGUUGGCGGGUGGACGUACCAGAAAAAACUGCUGCAGCACCGGCUGCGCAGCGCGGGCGAGUGGCUAGGUGGUGUGUUGAAGAGAGCGGUGCCGGCGCCACAACCGACAUCGAUGCCGCGCGUGGGGGCUAGUAUGGGGAUACCGAAGACGAUGGGUGAGGCGAGGAGGUUCAGGGCGCCGAAGGGGAAACGCAUCCAUGUCCCCGUCCGCGUGGAGCCAAAAGUCUUCUUCGCAGCCGAACGCACCUUCCUCUCCUGGCUCGAGUUCAGCAUCAUCCUCGGCUCGAUUGCGGCCACGCUACUUAACUUCGGGGAUAAUGUCUCGCUCGCCUCGGCGUGGGCCUUCACGGUCGUGGCUUGUUUGAGCCUGCUGUAUUCAAUGGGCUUGUAUUUGUGGCGCUCGGAUAUGAUUCGCAAGAGGAGGGCAGUCACGUAUCAUGAUAAGUGGGGGCCGAGUAUUCUGUGUGUUGGACUGUUUGCUGCUGUGGCAGUGUCGUUUGGGAUGAGGUUGAGUUAUGGGGGCGAUGGUGGGGGGUUGAAGGGAUAG